GAGCUAACCUCUGCACUUACCUACAGCUUCUAGAGGACUAGAUAGACAUCAUGCCGACUGCGUCAAAGAGGAUUCCUGCAGUCGUACGGCCGCUGGUGAGUGAGCGUGCGGCGAAGACUCUUGAUCUUGUCGAGAAAUUCGUGAACGAAGAAUGCCUCCCCGCCGAUCCCGUUUACCACGCCCAGCUCGGCGAAGGCCCGGGUCGUUGGGAUUACCCGCCUAUAAUGGACGACCUGAAGGCGAAAGCGCGAGCCCUUGGCCUCUGGAACAUGUUCCUCGCAAAAGGGCAUUAUAAAGAGGGCGCAGGCUUCACCAACCUCGAAUACGGCUUGAUGUGCGAACAGCUCGGCAGAUCGAGGGUUGCGUCAGAAGCAAUGAAUAAUUCUGCACCAGAUACCGGUAAUAUGGAAGUGCUGGCGAAGUAUGGAUCGGAAGCGCUGAAGAAGAGGUGGUUGGAGCCGCUGUUGAAUGGAGAGAUUAGGAGUUGUUAUGUUAUGACGGAGCCAGGGGUCGCGUCGAGUGAUGCAACGAAUGUUAGUUUAAGUAUUAAGAGGGAUGGGGACUCGUACGUGCUCAAUGGCCAGAAAUGGUGGAUUUCAGGAGCUGGUGACCCUAGGUGCAAGGUCUACGUAAUCAUUGGGAAGACAAAUCCAAAUCACCCCGACAAGUAUAAACAGCAGUCGAUUAUUGUUGUUCCAACAGAUACUCCAGGUAUUGAGGUCAAGCGCAUGCUCUCAGUCUACGGCUACGAUGAUGCUCCACAUGGCCAUGCGCAUAUAAUCUUCAGGGAUGUACGGGUCCCGGCAGAGAAUAUUGUGUUGGGUGAAGGAAGAGGCUUUGAGGUUAUGCAAGGGCGUAUGGGUCCAGGCCGUAUCCACCACGCUAUGCGAAGUAUUGGAGCUGCCGAAGAAGCUCUGAACUGGCUCCUGAAACGAGCAAACGAUGAAAAGAAGAAGCCCUUUGGCAAACUCCUCUCCCAACAAGGUGUCAUCCUUCAGUGGAUAGCCAAGUCGCGUAUUGAGGUCGAUGCAGCACGCCUCAUUGUUCUCAACGCCGCUGCAGCUAUCGACUCCGGUGAUGCUAAGACAGCCUUGAUGGAAAUCGCGCAGGCAAAGAUUCUCGUCCCGACCAUGGCUUUGACCGUGAUCGAUCGGGCUGUGCAGACGUAUGGUGCGGAAGGUGUCUGCCAAGACACGCCUCUGGCCUAUAUGUGGGCUCAAGUUAGGACAGUAAGGAUUGCAGAUGGACCGGAUGAGGCGCAUUUGGAGCAGCUGGGAAGGAGAGAGAAUAAGAGGGCUAAGGAGGCGAGCGAUUUGAUUCAAAAACAGUCGGAAAUUACGGAUGCAUUGAUGCGGAAGUGGGGGGCUAAGGAAGUUGGACCUUGCCCAAGAUUGUAAAAGUGGGUUCAUCUCUGUUGAGCGUUGGUCUGUAUGCUAUUUAAUCUGAAUGUUUUCGAGCGAUUCUUGAUUGGUGAUAUCGCACCUCAAGAAUUUCUGUUUUGGG